UCUGCUUUGCGACUGUUUGGGAGGCUGAUUCAAAAUGGAGUAAAAUCCUGCGGCACCUUCUCCACAGAAUCAGGCUGUUUUCUCCUUCACGUCGUUUUCCCCGUGAACCAGUUCUCCUCUUUCGGAACCACUCACCUCCGCGUCAUGUCCGAGGAGAAGACCUCGGGCUCCCUGGGCUUCUUUUCCAGCUACGACGACCUGAGCGACAGCAGCGACUCGGACGAGGAGGAGCGGGGCGGGCGGAAGAAGAAGCCGGGCGCCGAGGCUGCGGGCGGGGAAGCCGAGUCGUCGCAGCACGGCGGAGGCAGAGGGGCGGCCGGCGGGGCCCCGCUCCCCAAGCCCGACGAGCUGUUCCGCUCCGUGUCCAAACCCGCGUUCCUCUACAACCCGCUGAACAAGCAGAUCGACUGGGAGAGCCUGAGCGUCAAAGCCCCGGAGGAGCCUGCCAGACAGUUCAAGCCGUGGAAGACAAACGCUGUGCCGCCUCCUGACAGCUACGCUGCAGAGCCAGAGAAGAAGAAGGGAGCUCCUCCGGGAAUGGACAUGGCCAUAAAGUGGUCCAACGUGUACGAAGACAACGGGGACGACGCACCACAGCCUUUCACUGGCAACGCACAGUUCUUACCAUCAGAGGAGCAACCAUCAGACUCAGAUGAGGACCCAGACCUAGCAGGCGCCUCUGCCAAGAAACGGCGAGUGGAGACCUUCCAGCAGAAGGAGAAGAGGAAGAGGGACAUGGGUCAAGCCACCUCAGACAAGAACUUCGUCGAGGAAGAGAAAAGGAUCCUCAGGCAAAAUGUAGACUGAGGCCCCAAGCUGCCGGCAACAAGGCACCGUGAUUUAAUCUCGGCAGAGAACAUUCACCAACAUUAGCAAAGUGGUCAAGUAGGAAGCGAACGUUUUACUAUUUUGCAAUAUUAUAGUAUUUUGUUUUGUUUUCAAAUGCGUUCCAGCUCAUUUGAAAGAAAAGCUUUAUAUCGGUGGGAUUUUAGGAUAAACAAGAGUUUAGGAAAGUCUCGCUGCAGAAAUCUCAACCUAAGAUCUUAGAUUAUGGUAAAUCCCUGUAACUGUUUUCCAAAUAUUUAAAGGAAAAUUCCGGUGUGUUACUGUUGUUUUUAAAUUUUUGACGAGGGUUUACUUCCCGACUCUCUUUCAGAGGCACUGAAGCCGUUUUCAGACACGAGCUCUGGAAAAUGUCCGCACUUUUGGGUCCGGACUUUCUCCUGAGUUUACCUUUCACACACAAACAAAGCAGCAGGAGGUUCUGCCGUCAAUCGUGUUCACAACAGCGGGAAAGUCUCUGUAAUGUAAACUUUCCGCUUUAGAGAUCACGUGUUUUGGUUUACACCACAUCGACACACUUAUCGACAAAAGCUUCUGAAUCCCGUUGUCUUUCCAAGUUGACGUCUCUUUUUCUUCCUGAGAUAUUUGUAUUCUUUUUGUUUUGUCAGUUUUGUGUUUGUCCCGCGUUACAAACGUCCUCAACACGUCCGAUCGCUCGCGGUGAAUCCUCCAGACAAUCUAUUGCUGUAUUCUCACAGACAUUCACUCAGAUAUUAUCCAGAGUCUUGAACUCUGGGGGGCUGGCAGGAGAAACUCCAGAGAAUGUCCGCAGCAACUGACUCUGACAUUCGAGUUCAGUGAAUGUCUGAACGCAGCUUGAAACAAGGGAUAUCAUCACAUACAGCUUUAAGCUUUGCCAUCACCUUUGCUUUACUUGAGAAAACGUCAGUUGCAUCACAGGGUAAAAUUUGACUUGUUUAGUUUUGUCCGAUUGCUCUCGUCCCAAAUGGAAACACCAGAAGUAAAAAGUAAAACACCUCAGUUUUCCUCUGAAUGAGGCGUUCGGCCCUCCUGCUGUGAUACAUUAAAACUUCAGUGUGGUCAUGUAGGCUUUGUGUCUUUGCUAUUUAAUGACUUAAACAAUGACGUUGCUGUGGUGGUUUACUUUGCCUGUGAGUUGUCUUGUAUUAUGCAGAGUAUCCACCACUGAACUCUGACUGUGCUUGUGUUGUGUUGAUGCAGUGACUUUCCUUUUAGAAAUGUGAGUGAAAUGACUGUAAAUAUGUUGAAAUGGUCAUUUUUGCACUGCAGACAUGUUGACCUGUCACAGGAGGAAAUGCAGAGUUGAUAUUAACUAAUGACUGUUGUGUUUAAGUGGAUCAUGACAGUGUGACUGUGAGUCUGCAAUCAUAAUACCAGGGCCUUGAAACCAAAAAGGAAAUUCAUCCACCGUUAAUGUUAUUAUUUGUUCCUUGUUUUCUCUGCUGUGACGUGUCAAAAUGUCAUCAAUGUAAAAAAAAAGACCUUUAAUUUUUAGAAGCGCACGUUCUUCCUGCUUAUGGGCACAAGGUGGCGUCCUUAAGCUAAUUUAGUAUCCCCUCCCUUCACGUUAAAGAUGAAUUCUGCUGCACUUUGGUUUAAAUGUUUAAAUCACAACCAGGGUCUGUGUGAAAAAAGUAGAAUUCUGACGAAGGGAGUGAUGAUCUUCGAUUUGGAAGUUUGUCUCAUCUCAGUUCUCUUGAGAUACUCGAUGCAUUCUGACUGUUUGUUCAGUCUCGUGUAGCUUGUAUUACACACAACACUUUACAUGUGUUCUGAAGAAAUACAUGAAAAUCAGCUUCGUAUAUAUUUGGUAUUAAUACAGAGGGUUAUUGUAAUACUGUACUGUUUUUAUGUUUCUGCCCACAAGUCUUCUUAUUUUGUGUAAACUGUUGAAUAUGGAGAAUUUUAUAGUUUUGUUUUCAGUGAGAUAUUGUUCAUCAAAAACCACAUAGGCAAUAAAAGAUAUUUUAAUGUC